AUGACCGGCCUCGGUCGCCUGCUCGAGCCGGGCCCGACCGCGCGCCUCGACUUCCUGGACGCGCGCGUCUCGCCGCUCUACGACGGUGGCUUCAUCGCCCGCCAGCUCGAGUCGCUGCUGCAGAUUCCCGUGGCCACAUGGAACAGUCUGUACGGCAGUGAGGUGGCCGUCCGCUCGGACCGACCCGACAUGGAGCAGGUGGGCGAGCUCUACUUCAACACGGCCAAGCUGCGCACCGCGCUCAAGACGGCCGCCAACGUGAAGAAGUUCGCCGCCAAGGACCUCUCCAACUACGAGCGAAUCCGCUCGGUGGGCAAGGGUGCCUUCGGCCAGGCGAUCCUCUACCAGAAGAAGGAUGACUCCACCCUGGUGGUCAUCAAGGAGAUCAACAUGCAUGACCUCUCGGCAGAUGAACGCAAGCUCGCGAUCAACGAGAUCGAGGUGCUGGCCAUGAUGGACCAUCCGAACAUCGUUGCCUACCACGACAACUUUGAGCGGGACGGUCUGCUCUUUAUCGAGAUGGAGUACGUGGACGGCGGCACCCUGGCCCAGUAUCUGGCCAGCCAGGCCAAACGCAUCGACGAGCGCACCAUUCUGGUCAUCUUCCACCAGAUCGUGUCGGCCGUGCGCCACAUGCACGAGCACAACGUGCUGCACCGCGACCUCAAGACGGCCAACAUCUUCCUCACUAAGCAGGGCGUCGUCAAGGUGGGCGACUUCGGCAUCUCGAAGAAGAUGGCGACGCACCAGGGGGCGGCGCACACGGUGCUCGGCACGCCCUACUACAUCAGCCCGGAGAUGUGCGAGGGCCAGCGGUACGACGCCAAGUCGGACGUCUGGGCGCUCGGCUGCAUCCUGUACGAGAUGGCCUGCUUGCAAAAGACGUUCGAGGGCUCCAACCUGCCGGCGCUGGUCAACAAGAUCAUGAAGGGCCAGUUCGCGCCGAUCCGCGGCAACUACUCGCCGGGCUUCCGGCAGCUGGUGCGCGACCUGCUGCAGCGCGACCCGGACUUCCGGCCGAGCGCGGCGGAGGCGCUCUACGACCGGCUGCCGGUGCUGCUCAACCAGUUCCGCUAUCAGCGCCUGGAGGAAGGGGAGGAGGACGAGGUCACUGAGGUGCGCCUCAACAUCGAGCAUCCGUCCAAGACCAGGUCGCCCAAGCCGCCGCGCUCCGUGCUGUACUACAUGAAGGCGAGCGAGUCGUCCAUCGGGCUGCUGCCUAUCCCGCUGCCGCCGCGCGCGCGCAUCAAGGAAGUGUCCAUCAGCAGCACGCACAUGAUCGCGCUGACCACCGAGCACCUGGUGUUCACCUGGGGCGAGGGCAAGAAGGGCCAGCUGGGGCACGGCAUGACCGAGGCGUGGCGCGCCAAGCCAGAGCUGGUGAUGGCGCUCAAGACCAAGUCCAUCACGCGCGUCUGUGCCGGCGACGGCUUCAGCGUGUUCGCCAGCGACAACGGCAUCGUCAUGACGUGCGGCGACGGCACGUACGGUUGCCUGGGCCACGGCAACUGGAACAACACGUCCACACCCAAGCUGGUCGAGUCGCUCCUGACAGUGGACGUAUCGGCGAUCGCGUGCGGCCGGCGCCACGUGGUGGUGGUGGGCGGCAGCGGCGAGGUAUACAGCUGGGGCCAGGGCCAGGGCGGCCAGCUGGGGCUCGGCCACGAGGAGGAUUGCAGCCUGCCACAGGAGGUCACCAUCCCCGAAGAGCACGUGGUGGAGAACGUGCGCUGCGGCGGCGACGGCACGAUCUUCAUCACGCAGCAGGGCUCGCUGCUCGCCUGCGGGAACAACGAGCGCAACAAGCUCGGCCUCAACCCGCGUCGCGGCCUCAUCUCGUCCAUCGCCGAGGUCGGCAAGGUGCUCGUGCCGACGCCCGUUAAGUCGGUCACGUCGCGCAUCAUCGACGUCAGCAUGGGGCCACACCAUACCAUUGCGCUCACUGAGAAUGGCCACCUGGUGUCGUUCGGCCGCAACUCGGAGGGUCAGCUGGGCCGCGGUCCGGGCGCGCGCCGCCGGCCAAGCCCGGCGACCGACGGUGCGCACCGCGAGGUACAGUACCAGCCGCGCGAGGUGCUCGCCCUGUACGCCUCGCAGGCGCAGAUCAGCAAGGGGGAGACGCUCAGCCUGGGCAGCCUGCACGCGCAGAGUCAGAACGUGUUCCUGGUCGUGGACACGACGUGCCCGCUGCCGCGCGUCAACAUGCCGCCAAGCCAGGGCUCGGCCGAGUCGAGCCCACAGCGUGCCUCGCCGCCGGGACCGCAGCGCGAGCGCGAGGAGAUGCUGAACCAAGAGAUCGAGAAGCUGCGCGCCGAGCUGGAGAACCAGAAGCGGACGCAGGCGCAAAUGAUGUCUGAGAGGGUGAAGCAGGAGGAGAGCAAGGCUGAAGACGAGAAGGCGCCCGCAGAGCAGAGCAAGGGCUGUGUAGUCAUGUAG